AUGUCUCCGCACCCCCAAGCAACAACCCACUCCCACUCCCUUGGCGACCCAGAAACCUUUUGGUCUCAUCACGCGGCCAGACUCCACUGGCAUCACAAGCCUUCACGUGCCCUAACACGGCAGACAAAGUGUCUACCGAGCGGAGCCGAGCACCAGCACUGGUCGUGGUUCGCCGACGGCGAGAUCUCCACAACUUACAACUGUGUCGACCGACAUGUGCUCGCGGGCCAGGGCGACAAUGCUGCGAUCGUAUGGGAAUCACCUGUCACCGGUGUAACGGAGAAGUAUACCUAUGCCCGCCUACUCGAUGAAGUGGAGGUUCUUGCUGGUGUACUUAGGGAGGAAGGGGUACAGAAGGGCGAUGUUGUUAUUAUUUACAUGCCAAACAUCCCCGCGGCUCUAAUAGCUGCGUUAGCAAUAACCCGCUUAGGCGCAAUCCAUGCCGCCGUCUUCGGUGGCUUCGCCCCGCAAGCUCUAGCGCAGCGCAUCGAGGCCGCGCGUCCGAGAGCUAUAAUGACGGCAUCAUGUGCAAUAGAGGGGUCCAAGGGGCCCAUUUCCUACCGACCGCUCGUCGAGGGUGCUGUCAAAAUAAGCAGCUUUAAGCCGAGCAGGGUUAUUGUCUGGCAGCGUGACCAACUGCGAUGGAACCAGCCUGAUAAGCGCGGUGGACAGCGUAAUUGGCAGAGACUCGUGAAGAGUGCACGGUUCCGUGGAGUAAAGGCUGGAUCUGUUCCUGUCAAGAGCACGGACGCGCUUUAUAUUAUCUAUACAAGUGGAACAACCGGUCUCCCCAAAGGUGUUGUCCGCGAAGCAGGCGGGCACGCCGUGGGUCUGGAGCUCUCCAUAAAAUCCCUCUUCGGGAUAAAAGGUCCCGGCGACACAAUGUUCUGCGCAUCAGACGUGGGCUGGGUCGUUGGACACUCGUAUAUUUUAUAUGCGCCGCUACUAGUCGGUGCCACAACCGUCAUGUUUGAAGGCAAGCCCGUCGGUACACCGGAUGCAGGGAUAUUAUGGCGCAUUGUUGAAAAACACAGUGUAAAUGCCAUCUUCACGGCGCCCACUGCCAUGCGAGCCAUCCGGAAAGAUGACCCGAACGACCAGUUUAUCGGCGAGGUCGGGGAGCGCGGAGGAUUGAAAUCUCUCCGUGGUCUUUUCCUCGCCGGUGAACGUAGCGAGCCGAGUAUUGUUAGCUCAUACCAAGAUCUGCUUGAUAAGUAUGCAGCGGAUGGUGCACUCGUUAUUGACAACUGGUGGUCAUCUGAAUCCGGCUCUCCAAUUACGGGUGUUGCGUUAAAUGGGAGUGCUGCGCUUGCUAGUCUAGCACCCGGGCCAGAUUGUUCUCCCCUCACAACCCGUCCCGGCUCAGCAGGAUUUCCGAUGCCUGGAUUUGAUGUCCGCAUCGUCGAUGAUGAAGGCAGUGAAGUCCCGCGUGGUACAAUGGGCAACAUUGUUAUGGCCCCACCGCUCGCCCCAUCGGCAUUCACGACUCUCUUCGCGGACGAGGAGCGGUUUUACCGUGGGUAUCUUAAGCGCUUUAAUGGCCGGUGGGUGGAUACUGGUGAUGCGGGGAUGGUUGAUAAGGAUGGCUACGUGCAUAUUAUGUCGCGAAGUGACGAUAUCAUCAAUGUUGCCGCACAUAGGUUCAGUACCGGAUCAAUUGAGCAAGCAAUCCUCUCGCACCCAUCGAUCAGCGAAGCAAGUGUCGUCGGCAUCCCCGACCCGCUGAAAGGCCACCUUCCCUUCGCAUUUAUCCAGCCUAAAGCUAGCGCCAUCCCUGGAGAAUCUGGGCCUCUUCCAGCAACACCAAGCCCGCAAUUAUUUGCCGAGGUUAACACGCUGGUCCGCGAGCAGAUUGGGGCUAUUGCGUCGCUAGGUGGGAUUAUACAGGGUCGAGGGAUGAUUCCUAAGACGCGGAGUGGGAAAACGCUUAGGCGUGUUCUUAGAGAGCUUGUUGAACUUGGGGUGAAGGGGGAGUAUGGGGCGGAAGUAAGUGUGCCGCCGACUGUUGAGGAUGCCGAGGUUGUUUCUGUUGCGAGGGAGAGAGUUAGGGAGUAUUUUGAGGAGAAGGGCAAGGGUAAUGGGAUCAGGAAGGCGAAGCUUUAG